CCGGGCGCUAUAAGAGGGCGGCGGCCGCGGGGCGCCCUGCGCGGGGCCGGGAGCGCGAUGGUCAGCCGCCGCGGCGCGGCAAGAUGCUGGAUGGGCCCCUGCUGGCGCGCUGGCUGGCCGCGGCCUUCGCGCUGACUCUGCUGCUUGCCGCGCUGCGCCCCUCGGCCGCCUACUUCGGGCUGACGGGCAGUGAGCCCCUGACCAUCCUCCCACUGACCCUGGAGCCAGAAGCAGCUGCCCAGGCACACUACAAGGCUUGUGACCGGCUGAAGCUGGAGCGCAAGCAGCGGCGCAUGUGCCGCCGGGACCCUGGUGUGGCUGAGACGCUGGUGGAGGCAGUCAGCAUGAGUGCUCUCGAGUGCCAGUACCAGUUCCGGUUUGAACGCUGGAACUGCACCUUGGAGGGCCGCUACCGGGCCAGCCUGCUUAAGCGAGGCUUCAAGGAGACAGCCUUCCUCUACGCCAUCUCCUCAGCUGGCCUGACACAUGCACUGGCCAAGGCAUGCAGUGCAGGCCGCAUGGAACGCUGCACUUGCGAUGAGGCCCCUGACCUGGAGAACCGAGAGGCCUGGCAGUGGGGUGGCUGUGGGGAUAAUCUCAAGUACAGCAGCAAGUUUGUAAAGGAGUUCCUGGGUCGGCGGUCUAGCAAGGAUCUGCGAGCCCGUGUGGACUUCCAUAACAACCUCGUGGGUGUGAAGGUGAUCAAGGCUGGGGUGGAGACCACGUGCAAGUGUCAUGGUGUGUCGGGCUCAUGCACCGUGAGGACGUGCUGGCGGCAGCUGGCACCUUUCCACGAGGUGGGCAAGCGCCUGAAGCACAAGUACGAGACAGCGCUCAAGGUGGGCAGCACCACCAAUGAGGCCACUGGGGAGGCUGGUGCCAUCUCACCGCCACGGGGCCGGGCCAUGGGGACAGGUGGUGGUGACCCACUGCCCCGCACCCCAGACCUAGUGCACCUGGAUGACUCACCCAGCUUCUGCCUGGCUGGCCGCUUCUCCCCAGGCACUGCUGGCCGCAGGUGCCACCGGGAGAAGAACUGCGAGAGCAUCUGCUGUGGGCGCGGUCACAACACACAGAGCAGGGUGGUGACCCGUCCUUGCCAGUGCCAGGUGCGCUGGUGCUGCUAUGUGGAGUGCAGGCAGUGCACCCAGCGUGAGGAGGUCUAUACCUGUAAGGGCUGAACCCCUGUGCCUGGCCAGGCUGCUGUAGGGGUGCAGGCAGUGUGUGCAAUGUGAGGGGUGUACACCUCUAGGGGCUGAGACCCUAGGCUUGGCCAGGCGAUUGUGGGGGUACAAGUGGUAUGUGCAGCGUGAGGGGUCCGGACCUGAAGGGGCUGAGUCGCUGGCUUGGGUACCCCCAGCAUACUUGACAGGGGCAGAAGCGUAGGGGUUGGCUGGGUUUGUCGUCCCUGCCCCUUUGUCUCCCCAUCACAGAGGUCCACUCUGACCUCUGUCCCCUCUGCUUGUCCCUCCCAUGACCUGAGAGCUUUGCACAGAUGCUUUCCAAGCUGUGUACCCCUUAAGUCACCAGUUCCCACAGAGUGGUGCCCCUUCUGCUCUUGGUACCCUCUGAGGAGCAGCAGGCACAUCUUUGUGACCCACAAGGCCUCUGUGUGGGCUGCCUGUGGGCUGUCCUGCACCAGCACUGGCUUAGAGAGUCAAACCACUAGGAGAGAGAGCAGAUGCCCGGCUACCCAGAUGCGGGGUUUUAUUGCUGGCCCCCUCUGCAUUGAGUACUUCUUUUUGGAGUGAUAUCAGUGACUUUUAAGUUAUUUUUAUUUAACUAAUAUAUAAUUAUUAUUUUCUCCAUCCCUGCAGUCUCCCAGGCUGUGGCUCCUCUCCUUCUUGUCAGAGCCUGGUCUGGAGGGACCCCUUUCCCCUUCCCCUCCAUGCUCCUUCCUAACCCAUUUGCCUGAUCUGCUUUGUCGUUUGAAACCACUAAAUCAAGAGAGACAUUGCUGUUCAUUGCUUUUUAAAGAAGUAAAGCAGGCUUUUUCUGGCCACUACCCUCAUGGUUUCUGAAAGCCAGGUCCCAUGGUCCAGGUCAGCUGCCCACAGCAAGGCUGGCUUGGGAAGUGGAUGGGUCCUGUUCUGUACUCAGUGGGCACAUGGCUCCACACUUCAGACUGUUCAAUGCAGAUUCUGGGGCUGGGGGUGGCAGAAGGUGGCCUAUUUUCCCCCAGAGGUGGGCAUGGGCAGAGGGGCAGGGGCAGCCCCUUGAAGGUUCAUUCCAUAAGAAAGGCAUGGCUUGCUCUCUGUCACUAUGGGGGAGGCAGAGUAGGAACAGACAUGGGUGGAGAGAGUCUGGGGAUAGGAUUGACAAAUGGAAGGCUGUUCUUCUUGGCCAUGCUAUUGAUUUUGCAGGGAAGGGAAAAGGAUGGCCAGCACUGACCUGAAUUAGUUUGACUUUGUGUGCACACAUGUGUGCAUGUGUGUAUUCAUGCAUGAGUGUGUGACGUGUGUGUGCAUGGGCAUGUGUGCAUGCAUGAGUGUACAUGUGUAUGUGAUGGUAUGCAUGAGUGCACAUGCUUGCUUGUGUGUGAGCUUUUGUGUGUUUAUGCAUAGGAAUAUGAUCAUAUCUGUGCAUGGGUAUGCAUGUAUACACAUGAAUACAUUCAGUUGUGUGGCUGUCCAUGUGCACAUGCAUGUGUAGUGUAUGUGCAUAUGCGAGCAUACAUUAUGUGUGUGCAUCAUGCAUGUGCAUGAGCACUUCUGUGCAUGUGUAUGGUGUGUGUGCCUAUGCAUGCUGUGUUGGUAUGGUCAGUGAUUGGCUGGUGUAUGGCCUCUGCCCUCUGCCCAUCCUAGGUCUGGGGCUUUCCUUCCCAUGUUGACAGGGCCUCCAGCCCUACGCCCAUCCUGCUCAGCUCCAUGGCUGUGCUCUGAAGGUGUGGGCUGGGAUUUGGGCAGGUACAGAGCUGGGUGGCAGCAUGGACAUGGGAACUACUGAAUGAAGGGGUUCCUUGGAGUCCAGGGGGGCUUCAGGAACCCUGGAGACUGUGUUUUAAAAAGAAAACCUAUUUAUGUGGAUAUGGGUCUCUUUGUACCUGUUUCAUAGUGUAAAUAGUAAAGUUUAUUUUCCUGUGGUUCAGAGAACAUCCCCGGGAAUAACUGCAUGCUGACAGAGUGGUGCAGCCAAGGCAUGUCCCCUGGGAGGGAGCCAGGGCGGGCUUUAUGGCAGUGGGUGAUAUGGGUCUGCUCCUCAGUCUCCUUCACAAUUGGCUAGAGAGGGUGGGGAUGGGCUGGGGUGCAUCCCAGUUGUCCCCAGGCAUCCCCACCUGCUGGGACCUGGAGCAGGCAAAGUUGGCCAUGCUUCCAUGACAAGACUGUAGCUCAGUCACUAGUGGGUCUGGCGAGGUGGUAAAUCAGAGGAAGGAUUUCUUUUUUAGUCAAAUACCACAUUUAGCUCUAUGUCAUAAAUAUUAAGAAAAGUGUUUUUUUAAAACAAGGCAGAUUGAAAAUGUCUGCUGUCUGGUUUGUUUAUAUGCAAAUAUACAAUAGAAUGUCUUGCUAAGUGAAGAAGCCACUCCCGCUUAUGGAGCCUCUUAUUAACAUGCUUCUCUUUUGUGCAGCAGAGGCUCUCUAAAAGGAAACAUGUUCUGUGGUGGGACUCAGACACUCCCCACCCCUGGGCUGCAGGGGCAGAGACAUGCUGAGGGACAGGCAGGUCCUGGCCCCCUGCUCUCUGCCCAUGUGCACAGACAGGACUCUGAGCUUGGUUAGGCCAGGUCUAGGCGGGCGGGAGGAGAGGGGCAUUCACACAUGAGAACUCUCUCUGUUCGGAGUCUCAUGUGAGCCUAUUGAUUUCUCUACCUCAUCUGUAUAGCGAGUAGGUGUGUACUCGAGUGACUUGGAGAAUGUAUUUAUUUAAUGGCCUUGUGUAACAGAACAGAAACAAAUGGA